UAUUUCUCUACAUAUGAGGAUCACUGUGACGGCCCCUCUGCUUUGUACUCCUUGUUGCUGCUGUGUUCUUUGUUUGAAGGGGCAGGUUCCUGAGCACAUUGAUUAGCAGGAUAGGAAAACACCUCAGCCUGGUGUGCUCCAUAUAUGAAGUCAGUUCAGAUCCUCUCUUCUCACCCACACACACUCCUGCUGUUGCUUUUCGGUUCCUUUUCUUUUGUUUUUACCAUACUGUAAGCAGAGAAGUAAGUACUGUAGCUGGCUGUGUGCAGCUAAAUGCUGCAUGAAAAGGUACUUAAAUUUAGUUUUGCACUGGAAAAAGGAACAGUGAAGACUCAUCAUGUCUCUGCUCAGAGCUGGAAGCCUCCUCCUGCUGCUGCUGUGUGCACAUUCACUCGGUGCACCUCCUUCAUUCAGUGUGGAUUACCAGAACGACUGCUUUCGUAAAGAUGGGGAACAGUUUCGUUACAUAUCAGGAAGCAUCCAUUACAGCAGAAUCCCCAGAGUCUACUGGAAGGAUCGUCUGCUCAAGAUGCACAUGGCGGGGCUGAACGCCAUUCAGACGUACAUUCCCUGGAACUACCACGAGGAGUCUCCAGGCCUGUACAAUUUCAGUGGAGACAGGGAUUUGGAGUAUUUCCUUAAACUGGCUCAGGAUGUUGGUUUACUGGUCAUCCUUCGGCCGGGACCCUACAUAUGUGCAGAGUGGGACAUGGGUGGGCUGCCUGCCUGGCUUCUCAACAAGAAAGACAUCGUGCUGCGGUCGACGGAUCCAGAUUACAUUGCAGAAGUAGAUAAGUGGAUGGGAAAGUUACUCCCAAUGAUGAAGCCUUAUCUGUAUCAGAACGGUGGACCCAUCAUCACUGUACAAGUGGAGAAUGAAUACGGCAGCUACUUCACCUGUGAUUACAACUACAUGCGUCACCUGACCAAACUGUUCCGCUCUCACCUGGGCGAAGAGGUGGUGCUCUUCACCACAGAUGGUGCUGGGCUUCAGUACCUCAAAUGUGGCUCCAUACAAGGUCUCUAUGCCACUGUUGACUUUGGGCCAGGUGCAAAUGUAACCGCUGCCUUUGCUGCACAGAGACACGCUGAACCUCAAGGACCUUUGGUGAACUCUGAAUUCUACACUGGCUGGCUGGACCACUGGGGCUCACGUCACUCUGUCGUGUCGUCCGCAAUAGUGGCCAAAACCCUCAACGAGAUGCUGGUCCUGGGAGCAAAUGUCAACCUGUACAUGUUCAUAGGAGGAACAAACUUUGGAUACUGGAAUGGUGCCAAUACACCAUACGGCCCGCAGCCCACGAGCUACGACUACGAUGCUCCGCUUACAGAAGCAGGAGACCUCACAGAGAAAUACUUUACUAUCCGAGAGGUGAUCAAAAUGUACCGUAAAAUACCAGAGGGACCGAUACCACCAACAACUCCAAAGUAUGCAUACGGUGCUGUUACAAUGAAGAAGCUCCAGACAGUAUCAGAUGCCUUAGAAGAACUUUCCUACUCUGGUCCUGUCAAAAGCAUGUAUCCUCAGACUUUCAUUGAACUCAACCAGGCAUUUGGUUAUGUGCUCUACAGGACUAAGCUGCCUGUAAACUGCAGCACACCAACUCCGUUGUCGUCCCCUCUGAAUGGGGUCCACGAUAGAGCGUAUGUGUCAGUGGACGGGGUGGCUGUAGGGGUUCUUGAGAGGGACAAAGUCAUAACCGUCAAUGUGACUGGGAAAGCUGGCAGUCAGCUGGACUUGCUGGUGGAGAAUAUGGGCCGAAUCAACUAUGGAAGAGGCAUCAAUGACUUCAAGGGUUUGGUGUCCAAUCUGACUUUGGGGAAAGAUACGCUCAACGGCUGGACCAUGUACAGUCUCAGGAUCGAUGAAGCAGUCAGCCAGGGCUUACUCGGGGAAACAAAGUCCGCUCCAACAGACCCACCUCAGCCUGCAGCUCUCUCACCUCCGGCCUUCUACAGGGGCAGCUUCGACAUUCCUGACGGCAUUCCAGAUCUCCCUCAGGACACCUACAUAAUACUGCCCAAAUGGAGGAAGGGGCAGGUUUGGAUUAACGGCUUCAAUCUGGGACGUUACUGGCCUACUCGAGGCCCUCAGGUGACGCUUUUUGUUCCUGCCAACAUCCUCAGCACCGCUGCACCCAACAAUGUGACAGUGUUGGAGCUGGAAGGAGCUCCCUGCAGCUCCGGGCCGUGUACUGUGGAGUUUACGGUCACCCCCAUCCUGAAUGAAGUAGUCCAGUCCGACUUCAAGCAGCACAGCAGAAUGUUCAGUAGAGUGGAUCUGUUGUGAUGAUAAGGGAACUCGCUGCUGCACAAUUUGCACUACUCGUUGAUAUAUAAAUAUCAAAUCACCACUUGCUGUUAGAGAUCGAUGUAUGACAGAUUUUGCCAAUUGAAGCACUGCCAAAACACAGCAGCCUGUAUGAUUUGAAAGAAUGUUUUAUUUUUUGUGUGAAAAACACAUCAGGGAAAUACUAAAUAUAUCGUGGGACUGUCGCCUUCAUUAAUGUUCAUACACUCUGAAUCUGUCUGAUUUAAUGAUUAUAAAGCAUAUGCUUUUUUAAUUGAAAAAUAAAAAAAAAUUAUUUGAUAAUA